AUGCUAAAAGUAGUCCCAAGUGAGCUGCAGUUUGGUGCUCUUGCUGUGAACGAUGUCCCCGUGUACUGUCGCUUUAGUGUUGUGAACACGGACCCGAUGGUUUCUUUGUCGGUGCAAUUCACCGCAACGACGGUUCCUGCAGUCAUUCGCUUUCAACUGUGGGAUGACAUGCUGCUUCUCGACGAUGAUGAGAUUGACAGCGGUGGCGCACAGAAGGAUCGCCAGAAACGGGGGACAUUGUCCCUCUUUUACAGCGCCCUUUUUGAAGGUAUCAGCGUUAUUGACAGGCUUCUCCUGGGACCGCUAGAGAGCAGGGAGGUGGUGGCAAUAUUUCACGCGGAUCCAGUGCAGUUUUCUACCGUCAUGGUACAGGCACCGCCAGUGAUGGUUAGCGGGGUGAUUCAACUGACGGCGGCAUCAUUGCCGUCAGCCGUGACAUCUUCGCCUUCGGACACGGACGCCAACAGAAAACACCAUCACCAGCACAAAAACAGCAAUAGUCAUGGUAGCGGCAGCAGCAGCUUUGCCAUGUUCAAUUCCUCGUUGCAUCUUGUGGAUGAAAAGAAGGAAUGCAAUCCGCAAGCAAACAAAAUUAGUCCCCACUCCACCUCAGGAGGUGCGAGUAAAACAGAAAUGAGUAGCCAUGGAGAUGCAGCUGUGAAUGAAAGCAGAACGAAGAGCGAUGCGGGUGGGCGGCAUGACCCGCAGACUUCUUCGUUGUCACUUCUUUUUUCCCGGUCCCCCACAGUGGCGGCCGUGCGAUCCGAGACUGUCACACUCCCAUUUAGUGCAAGCGUCUUUCUUUCUUUGCUCACCGUGUCGAGAUCGGAGCUGCGGACUACAAUGGCGCCGGGCAAAACGCACCUGAUGGACUUUACCGUCACAAACGCCUCGUCACUGCCGCUUCCCUUUGUGAUACGCUCGCAGACGAUUCCGCAAAAAAACAUGGAGUUUUCCCUUUACGAGGAAGAUAAGUUUGAAGAGCCAAAGAUUGGUCACACUCUUUGGCUCGAUAGACAUGCAUCAAUGAAUUUUACUCUGAUGGUACGAACUUCCGCGACUGCUCUGGCCGGCUGCACCAGAGGCAUGCAGGAAUACCGCGCAGUCCUACAGUGUGAUAACCUCCGUGACGCCCGUAACUCUGAGCUGGUCUAUGUUCACAUCAAUGUCGUCGCGGCAGAGUCUCAGACAGACCUUGUGAGCGUCACGGAUCCGGUGCUUGAUUUUGGUGAGGUAUACCGUGGGACAAGGGUCAUUCGUGAGUUGAACGUUUGCAACACGAGUCGUGAGAAUGUGACCGUGCGACUGCUUGACUCCCGUCCAGAUCACUGCGAGGGGGUCUUAAGUCUUGUACGGUCAUGCAGCACCAAUGGCAACGGCAAUGAAAAGAAUAACGCCAGUAGGACCAACACCAACAGCAACAAUAGUAGUAAUGACAAGAAUAAGAAUGAGGGGAAUAACAGUAAUGGUAACGAAAAGAACGACAAUGUGGUCACCGUGGAUGAGGUAUUGAUUGUUCCACAGAGGGGGAGUGUACCGGUGGGUGUCAUGUACGUUCCCUCCACAGACCAGGAAAAUAAGGCGACGUCGAGUCUCAAUUUUGAGUUUGAGCUUGUCAUCACGGGUGUUGGAGGCAGUGCGGCCGCUAAUGCUGGCAGCGAUAUUAGUGGUAGACACCAACAGCGGUUGUUGAUACGUAGUGUGGCAACCCUCUUUACGAGUACCAUUGUUGCGUCACAGAAGAAUAUCAAUUUUGGUGACUGUCAGGUGGGACAGAGCCGGCGUUGCACAUUUGCCAUUGAAAACCCCUCACCACUGCCCACAACGAUAUAUGUUCAACUGCGCAGCAAGAUUGUCUCCAUUGAGGGUGUCCAGCCACGUGUAUCAGCGGCGGGGGGUUGUGAAACACUCGAGGAGUUUUCCGUUGCUCCACGAAGCAGUUUACCCAUUACUUUGCGCAUAAACCCAAAGCGUGUCAACUCCACCUACCGCAAGCAACUCACCAUUGUGAAUGUGUCAAAUCCUGCUGAGGACCGUAUAAUUGUGAACAUAGAGGCAAACAACAUGGCGCCAUCCGAGACAAAGCUGCAUGAUGAGUUGUACACAUGUGAAAGUAAGGCGCACUGUGACGAUGGGAACGUUGACGGUGGCGGGCGUGGCGAGGAUGGAACCUGUGCUUCUGGGCUUCGAUCACUUACGAAUGUUCCUCUUAUUGUGGCGUAUUCUCUGCAGUCCAAGGUGGAAUACCCACUUGUGCUGCAGUUGAAGAGCUCGAGUACCGAGAUUGAAACCUUCUUUUUGGAAGGCAUGUCAGAAAAUGAGUUUGAGGCCAUUGCGGCGGAGUUGCGUGCCUAUUGUUGCUAUGGUUGCGAGGAGGUUGUAGAGCAGUUCUCUGUGGAGCGGGCGGAGGAGGUGCGGAACAGCGUUGUCAGUGCGCUGCAACAUCACACCGUGGCGACGAGUAGCAUCACUCUCGAGCCUCGUGGUGGUCGUACAUUUUAUGUGCGCAUAGAUCGCACGACUGGAGACGUGGAUGCUGUGACGAAGGAAGACGGUAUCAGCAUUGCGGUGGAAGGGAUUGAGGUGCCGCGGUUUGUGCGUCUGUCAUAUCGCCUCUGUAGAACUCGCUUUCAGCUGAAUGGACAAAAAACGAAGAACUUUGGUGAGGUGAACAUUGGCGAGCGCAGGACGACGAAACUCCCUAUCGUGAAUCAGUGCAACUCGCUUUUACUGUUGCAGCUGUCCAAGUCUCGCUCCGUCACUGCGGGUCACAUUCGUAUGGAGAACUCUGAUAAAAAGUGCAUCUACUGUCGCAUCCGUCCAUAUGCCACUAAGGAGCUGGAGCUCUCCUUCUACCCGGGCAUCAAGGGAAGCUUUGAGGAACGUAUCCGGCUUACCAAUGUGCUCGACCCAUCCAAUGAGGUUAUUAUGACAAUGAAAGCAACAGUCACAAAGGCGGAAACGUUUGACGUCAGCCCCAAUUCAUGGAGUUUUGGUGUGGUGCCUGUGCCACUGCCGGUGCAUACCUUGAAGCAGGUACAAGGAACAAUUGUUGGUGGCGGUGGGAGCGGCACGGCCGUGAGUCGCGAAGACGGAAUGCCACCGUCGGUGCGUAUCGGUGCACGCUUCAGUGUGGUCAACACCAGCAACACCCGACGGGAACUGUGUUUGAAGCUUGACACCCCCGCAGUGGCUCAGACGGCGGGAGGUGGCGGUGUCGGCAGCAGUAAUCCCGGCAGCGGCAAUGCGAACAAUAACGUUGUGGAUGCCGGCAUGAGCUUGGCAGACCGUUUCUUCAAAUUUGAUGGCGUCGAUGUACGGAUGCAGCUCGAGAUGGAGCAUGGUGGUGCGAGCUCCGGCUCCAUCCGCAAGCUUGAGGAGAAGAUUGAAAAACUUGAGCAGAAGUUGAAGAUUUACCGCCGCAAGAAUAAGAUGGAAAAGGUGGUGGUGGCAAUGCGACAAAUUGAGUUGCUUCGAUGCGCCCUCAUGGGGAAAGAGGUUGACCCCAACACGACGUCGACAUUGGGAGAGGCUGCUGAAGCUGCUGGUGGUGGUAUUGUUGGUCCAAAUGAGCUUUCAGAGAGUGAGGAUGAAAAGAUGCCAGUGAAGCCAAAGGCACGUCAGCUACAACAUCCAGAACUGCUUUCUUUACUGCUCUGCGACGGCGUGGCGUUGCCGGAGAUGAAUGCGUGUGAAUCAACUAUUAUAGUACUUACUCUCACAUGUACACGGACGACGGAAUGUAUACCGCCUGCACAGAGCGGCACCAUCACAUUUUUGUUGUGCGAAACAAAAGACAAGGAGGCCAAUCGCGUCAUUCCUGUUGACAUUACACUUGUACCUAUGGAGGGUGAGGAUGAUGGGGAAGCCACCGCCGCAUCUACGAGACCCACUGCAGGGUCAAAAUUAUUCUCUACCCCAUCAACUCUGACAAUAGAUGGACUUGCUGCAGGGAAUUCACCACCGCAGUCUGUAAAUGACACAUCUUUUUUAGCACCUGGUGCGGAGUUAGCAAAUGCGUUGUCUCCCUUAAAGAUGCCCGUCAAAUUAGCAACUCCCGUACCAACACCAUCUUUUUUCAUUGAACCCGGUGAGGGUGUAGUGGCUACCAGUUUUAUGCGCUGCCCAAUGGCAAUUUUUACCCACGCUAUUGCAUAUGAAGCCUGUAAGUUUACCAUUUUGUUACGUGCGACCGAUGAGACAGCUUUUGUUGUACUGGACCCUCUCCGUUGCUGUGGCAAUAUUAUCAACAGCAAUUUGACCAACAAUGGAACCAGCACUGUGAGUGGUGGGAAUGCUGGGAAUAGUAAUAGUAAUACUAGUAGUACUCAUGUGAAUAAUGCCCCUGCUGCUGCAGGAGGAGGAGGAGGAAUAGUUUCUUCCACUGCCGUGGUGCCUAUAAAGACGUUGGAUGCUCAUUUCAAGUUUGUUCCACGCAAUGGCGUGGUUCGUGCGUCCGAGUCCUUUAGUAUUACAGUGGAAUGUACACCAAUGAGUGUUGUCCCUCAGCGUUACUUCAUACCCGUCAAGAAAUUGCAACACCCCUCGGAUAUCACAUAUUUUGCACUGGAGAUGAAUCCCAUGGUGGAUGAGGAUCUCCUGCAAGUGUCACCCAGAGAGAUUUUACUACGGGAUAUUGUAAUGCCGUGCGACGAGAGUCGGCUUGAGGUGCAGUCAUUUGUUGUAUGCAGUCGCUUUACGAUGCCGCACGCUUUGCUUAUUCGUUCGAACCGCCCAUUACUUGUGUCACUUUUUGAGGACGCGAAGUGUACUAUCCCCCUUGUGAGCCCCGUACACCGGGUGUUUUUGCACGAGAAGCUUCGUAUUUACGUUCGCUUCCGACCGAGUGAACGUUCAUGGCGGCAUAAAAGUCGUCUUGUGACUGCCGGCAUUCUUGUUGAGGCCAUUGCUUCUGAAAUGGGCCGUGAGACACAGGGCUGCUACAGCGUUUUGGCACAGACCACACUGCGUCUUUCAGCGCAUGUCGGCAGUGGAGAAGUGCUGCUGCGGGAGAACUUCAUUGACCUCGGUGCUGUUCCACCGCACUGCCGCCUCGCACACACGAGUUUCACUCUUAGCAAUCCAUCGGACCGCUUCGAGGUGCGGCUGCGGGUGAUGGCGAGUCUAACGCUCACACAGGUGGAAACGCCCGAGCUGAAACUUUCGCCGGGGGCCGAGGUGCAGGUGCCGGUCUCCCUGCAACUUGCCACUCCCGGGCUUCUGCAGGAGUCACUCACAGUGUUUAAUUUGAGUUGCAGGCAGAAGCCUCUGCCGAUUGGACUCUCCAUACUGCGACUUGAUGAGGCGAUAUCCGCCACGGUUGCAGAGAAGGGAGAUGAGCUACAGAAGCAGCAACAGCAAAAAGCAGAGGAACAGUGUGCGGCUAGAAGGCUGAGAGAGGUCCCCAUGCAGCCGCAUUUCGAAAGUACCGAUGAGGCGGUUGUUGUGGUACUUCCCACGGCUGCCGUCGUGCUCGGUGAGGACGCCGUGCUGCGCUUACACGGCCCCGUAACGACCGCCACGAUGCAUAUGACAAAUCACAGCACACGGGACAUAAUCCUUGUUGCGAAGGGCACUGCACCACUUGUACUUGGUCUUCCACGGUCCUCCUCACCCGUGGAGGAGGUGGCGUCACCUUCGACGUUAACAUCGCAUGUGUACUCGCGUGGUCGCGUGCGUUUGGAUGCACGUCAGACGCAGGCAGUUACGUGGACACUGACAUCACUGCCAAAUCUGACAGUGCAACAGAUUCAAUGCAUUCUGCGACACGAGGUACUGACAAUUGAGCAAACGGCACAAGUGUACGUGGCGCAGAUUAUUGACGAGGUCGUGGGAUUUAACUACAAUGCCAUGCUUUUCCCCAUGAAGCGAUCGUUGCCAGCCGUGGGACAGUGCGUACUACUGCCGAGGUUUUGUCUCACAUUUGCGAUGAGUGAAGGGCGUGUGGAGACACCGCUCAUUGAUCUUGGCGUUGUGAGCAUUGGAAGGAGCAACUCCACCAGUGAUACCGACACCACCGCUCCAAAAGAGGGGGAUACGGACCACCACCAUCACCACUCAGGGCACGGAACACCAAAAAGAGCCAGAAACAGCGCCACCACCACCGCCACCGUGAAUUCCAAUCCCGCGCGGUGGAAAUCCAGCGAUCAUCGUGGCAGCGGCACACAAGUGGUUAUACAUUUGACAAAUCUUUCACCCAUCCUGCCGCUAUGUCUUAGCAUUGAGUGCGAGCCAACAGUGCGCUUUGCCAGCAAUCAUAUUGUCGUGCCACCACUGCAGACCCACUCGGUGGAGGCGUUCCUCGUGGUGAAACUCAUUCGGACCCAGGGACCAUUUCGCUUUGCUGUUUAUUUUGUGAAUGAGCUCAACCCCGAGAAUGACAUGGUUGCGUAUGUGACAGGGCAGUACUAUUGGAAGGCGUUUGACCUUUCUUGUGAUGGGGUGAUGAAUAUCGCACAGGAAUCCCUUUCUAUGGAGGCAUUGCGUGUGACGGAGACCUCUACCACCACCGAUAUUCUCUCCGAGAGUAAAAUUGUCAUGACGCCGGUUGAGCCGAAUGUCGAGGUGGUUCUAGGCGUGACUGAGAACCCCAAACUGGAGGGGCUUAUUCAGUUGCAGGUGUUACAGUACGACGCCGCAGCGCCGCUGCAGAAAAUUGUUUUUGGGCAAACGAAACACGCCUCGGCGAACAAGGCCGGUUCCCUACCUCCCCUUGUCCUCAACAACAUCAACAAAAUGAACAGUACUAACAUCAACAACAACAGUUUUGGUGGCCCGGGCGUAGUGACUACGACGGACGCCGCGGUGAUCUCCAGCACGUCAUUUUCAGCCGCUGCCAUUGCGGCAGCAGCAUCGGCUGUUAAUUCCAAUACAGGCGGUGGGAGCGGUAUGGGCGGCAACACGAACAAUGGCUUGAACAAUGCUUCCAUUGGUGGGGCCUCCAGCGUUAACACUAUGAAUACUUCUUUGGUUACCGCCGUCACGAAUUCUUCUCCUUCUCCGGCUGCAGCUGCAGCUGGGACGGCUGCUUCCACUGUUGCGUCUGUGCCUGCGCUAACGAAGGCUGAUGAACUUGUGACGGGGGUGCCUUCCCGGCAGAAGGAGCAGCACCCCUUUCGGUUGCGCUGUCUGCUGAUGAGGGAGGACUUUGCUGCCCUGUCCGCCGCCUUCUAUGGGCAACGCAAGAUAAAAAAUGCAGACAUCAUUCGUGAGCGGCAGGCCUUGACAUUUGAAAAGCUCGCUGACCUGGAGCGGCGGCGGGUCACAGGGUCCCCCAGCAUGUGGCUUGGCACAUUACAGUUUUCCAACUCAUUGACCGGGGCGGAUGAGGAGGUGCAGGUGUUCAGCACAUUAGGCGCAUUUCAGACAUUUACCGUUCCUUUGAGAAUCACACUGACACCGCAAAUCGCAUCGACGGUGUCUGCGGCAGCUCCAACAAGAAUAGGAGGGGUGGGAGGGGCUGAGACGAACCGGAUGCAUUAUGGGGCGGAGACUGUGUACACGGGCGAGUUGGUUGUAUCCAACCCAUGUUCGCAGCACACUGUGGUACUCUCCAUCACACCCCUGCGGGACAAGGCAUAUCAGGACACUGUGGCUUUCUCCUGCAUUCAACUCCACGAGAUGCCGACACCGCAAAGCGAAGGGCUGAAAUUGCCGAGUACGCCGCGUGGCAACAUAUCCAUGACAGGGGAGAAGAAGCACACAGUCACAAAUGCUGCCGAUCCCACGGCUGGUUUUUUUUUUCCGCCGCCUCCUCGUACCACCACUGCGACAACUGCAGCAGUCACGGUUCUUACAUCAGAGGUACCGAAUACGGGCGAGACAACAACAACGCUUCUGUCGAUUUUGCCGCAGUCAGUGCAACGUGUACGGAUAUUGAUGCGUGUGGAUGCAAGCCGACAUCAGCCAAGUGUGGAGCAGGCUGUGGCGCUUGUACUACUUGAUGAAAGUGUUCCAUGUAGUGUGGCGACAGUACGCAUUGUUCUUGCCCCACUGGAUGAGAUGGCACAACAGCAACAUAAACAGGAGCAACUCUUUUUACAAUCAUCAGGAUCACGUGUGGAGGCCAGGGUGGCUGCUGCUGGUUCUGCUGAUGGUGGUGGCUGUGAAGGUCUUCUGGAGGGUACUGUGGGUGUUGAUAGGUCGACGAUGACCACCACCACCGCUAUGAGGAGUGCAUCGCCAACCAGGGCGGCCACGACUUCUGGUAUGGGGAAUAUUAAUGCCGCUGGUGGAAUUGCAGCGUUAGGGCAUGCCUAUUGGGCGUCAUCAUCUCCAUCAUCGUCAUAUUUGUGUGUGCUCAGUUUACAUGGCGAUUGCCAGGCUGUAGCUGGAUGCCAGGGGACGUACACAUGUCGUUUUACUUACGCAAAGGAUUCACCCCCGCCGACAGGUAUUACCAUCCGUAAUAACCUCAGUGAUACGGUGGUGGAUUACAGCGUUACCAUUUUGUCGCAAGGGCCACAACCUUGGUUACUUCUACCUAGUGCCACGGCAGUACUCGAACCAGGGAAGGCCCAACCAUUGCGUCUGAACAUCCUUUCAACAGGGGCGGGCUCGUUCAGUGGAUAUGUGGGCAUUAGCACCAGUGCUGCUCCAGGGGAGAUGCUGUUGCUGCAGCUUACAGCCGAGGUGUUUCUGCCUACAGCGGGAGAGGGUCUCUUUGAGAUAGUUGCGCCCAAUGGCCAGCGGAUGUCUACAAACGCCGAGCGUAGCGUAUUUAUUGGUCGUCUUUUUGGAGCAGGCACGCACCGCGCAUAUGUAGCGUUUGAGAUUGUGAACCGCGCGAAUAUUCCACUUGAGUUUCCUGUAUCCGUCGUGAAACCAUUCCGCAUGGAGUUCAAUAACACUCCAGAUGAAGGGGAUGAUCUCAGCUCCGCCACUACUACUAGCACCAAUACGAUUGCCGCCACUGCCAGCGCCAAGACGAAUGCCGGCGGUAUACUCAAUAGUGGCAUUGGACGGACCUCAUCGCAGGAUGUGGAGGGAGCAGAAGAUGAUGAUGGCAAACAACAAAUUGGUGUUGAUGCUCGCCCGGAGUGUGAUGUGCGGUUGCUGGUUUGCCAUUUACACAACGUUCCGGAGAUGCGAGGACAACGACGUUUUGUCGUGGAUCCCAAGUCGCGUGUGAAUGUGUCAUUCCUCCUCGUAUGUGACCGACUGUCACUUCCAAGUGGUGUCACCGUGUCGGGGGAGGCGGAGGUGGUUUUGAAGUGCAAGCAGGCCCGCGAUGCACGGUUUGUCUUAAAGGCACGUUUUCAAGUCUGCGGAUCUUCAAUGGUGUCGCCGAGACAACUAUUUUUUGCGGCAGCGGAGGAUUACACUGUGACAAUUCCCGUGAAGAACCUCCGCUCGCGCGAGAUCCGUGUCACAUUCCGCACGGCAUCCCCUAUCCUCGACGUGCUGCCGGGGCAAGGCAGAGAAAAGGACGGGAAGGAUGAGGAGGAAAUGGAGGUGGACGGGCAGCCGCAACCGCAACCGCAGCCGCAGCCGGGUGAAAACCAUACAAAUCUUCUCGUUAUUCCAGGAGGUGGGUCCGCGACGGUCCGUGUGCGACUAGACGUUGCUCGUGUGGCCGCCAUGUUGUCGUGGGGCGCAUCUGGCGACAUGGCCGCUGUCCUCCCUGUGCUCUACGAUCACGGUCUGCUGCUUAAUGCCCAGAACCCCAGUGAACGUGUGCGAGUGGAGUUGUGUUACGUGCCGCCCAAUGCUUUUCUGCCGGCUACGCCCUUUUCUAUUGCUGUUGCCGCCGCUGCGCAGCCGAUCGCGAAGUCCCUGAAAGUCGGUCGUCGGCAGAUCAGUGAGCAGAGGCUUUUUAACUUUGUGCGGUCCUUCUGGCGGGUGCUGUUGGAGGCCGCGGAUGCUUUUCUGCCGGAGUUCCAGUACUACACGGCCCAGCGGGGAAUCGAGGCCACCGACGCCACACGUGAGGCAACGUCUCAUAUCAUCAGUGCCACUGCCGGUGCAAAUUCCAACAGCACCUCCAUCGUCAAUGCGAGCAGCAGCAAUCAUCAUAACCAUAGUAACAAUCGAGUGAGCCACACCACGGCUGGUGCAAUUGCAGAUUACCGGCCAGCGCUGUGUUCCCUGCUUGUGGAUCUCACCUGGUUGGUGGAGGAGCUGGUGCAUUACUCCGUCCUGCUGAGUAAUUCACGUUCAAUUGAGGCGUACGGCGUUUUUCUCACGGCGGCUGUCACAAAUCACCCGCUGAUGCGUGCAUGGCGGCGGCACAAGGCGAAUCUACCAAACACACGCACUUUCGCCAUCUUUGGGCAGUACUGGGAGACCAUCGACGCGCUACCGUGUCUGACGCCAUCCUCCGACUAA